GGUGGUGUGUAGGGAUCUGGGCGGCGGCGCGCAGCGCGGGCGGGCGCGGGCCGAGGCCGCGGCGGCGCGGUGGGCGGCGGCCCGGCAGUCGCACGCGGGCACGUGCGCGCACCGCCUUCGCGCCUCGACCUGCGCGCCCUACCGACUGACGCGCUCAAUAUCUCGUACAAUUAUCAUUCCAUUACAAAAUCUUAUUUAACAUCUUAAAUAAGCAAAGAAGGAGAAACCCUAUUUUCGUUACCUCUCUCAAGUCAAUCUACGAAAACACGUAAAUAAGAUUUGUGGGUCAAUAGCAUUUUACAAAAUUACUUACAUCACCUGAAAAAAUCGGCGGGAAAUCCAUGUGCAACAGCGUUCAAUAUUUCCAGUUUACAUGUGUCAGCGUGAAAUUAAAUAAUUAUGUAGUAGUGAAUUAUUGAAAUUUGUAGUGGUGAAAUAAAGUGAUAAUGUGCCGCUCAAGUACAUUAAGUCGGAUGCAGUGAAAACAAUGGAGAAGUCGAUGCAAGCGCGGGCGCUGAAUAAAUUUUCAUUUUGGGUAUGCCUGGUUCCACCAUGGGGCUUUUCGGACCUGAAGGAGGAGGAGUUGUAUACGACGUACACGCAGCGGCAACGGCAGCGCGCCGUGCCCCGACUGCUGGCUACCGGCCUGCUGCUGCAGGCGUUCGCGGCGCUCGUACCGGGCGAGCGCGACUUGGCCUUCGCCUACACCUCCGUUACCCUCGCGCUCCUGCUCAACCUCGCCCUCGCCCUAGUCUACAUAACGAUACGCCCCGCGAGGCUUGCGCUCAACCACUUGGCUUGGCUGGCGCUCUGGAUUCAACUCCUAGUGAGCGCGUCUCGGAGACUUGGCGACUCUUAUAACGAAUUGCUUGGUUGGGCUGUCGUGCUCCAAUAUUUCACGCUGGUCGCGCUACCAUUCCCUUUUCUGCUCUUGCUAUUCUAUAGCCUGAUCUCAUUUAAUGCUUAUUUAUUGGUACAAUACUACAGCGCAAUGAUCACGGAAAACAAACUUCCUGACGACUUCAGUUUACAGCAAAUAUCGAACGGGUUGUUACUGUUUGGAGCAACGUUGUUAGGCGGAACCGCUUAUGGUGUCGGCGAAUGGCAGCAACGAUGUUCAUUCAUAGAAACAAAAAGAAGUUUACGGGACAAACUCACCAUUGAACAACAAAGCAAAGAACAGGAGCGGUUAUUACUGUCGGUGCUUCCGGAACAUGUUGCCGUGCAGAUGCGAAAAGAUCUUGGCCUUAUUGAUACGCAGUUCAAGAAGAUUUACAUGUCACGCCAUGAAAAUGUCAGCAUCCUGUAUGCGGAUAUUGUGGGUUUCACUGCGAUUUCGUCUACAUAUUCGGCGCAAGACCUAGUUGCAAUUUUAAAUGAAUUAUUUGCUCGAUUUGAUCGCUUGGCAGAGAAAUAUCAGCAACUACGCAUCAAAAUUCUCGGGGACUGUUAUUACUGUAUCAGCGGCGCUCCCGUAGAAAAACCAGACCAUGCCGUCCUUUGUGUACAUAUGGGCCUGUCCAUGGUUAAAGCUAUUAAGUACGUGCAGCAAACGACUAACUCCCCAGUAGACAUGCGCGUGGGCAUCCACACGGGGGCCGUGCUGGCAGGAGUGUUGGGGCAGCGGCAGUGGCAGUUCGACGUCUACUCGCGCGACGUCGAGCUAGCCAACAAGAUGGAGAGCAGUGGGAUGGCGGGACGCGUGCACAUAUCGGAAGUAACUCUAAGUUUCCUGAACGACGAGUUCGAAGUGGAGCCGGCGCACGGCGAGCGGCGCGAAGAGAUGCUGCGCCUGGCCGGCAUCAAAACCUACUUCAUUGUCCGAGUCCUGAAACCGUUCGGAGGGGAGGACAAAAGUGCACCCGAGGGCGAGGCAGUGGAGGGUGGCGACUCCGCCGACACGAUGUCCGACCUCAAAGACGAUGACGAGGACUCGGUUCUAUCACCGCAAGAAGAGAGCAAGGGCAAUGAAGAAUUGAAAAUACUCGCAAUGUUACAAGAAGAACUCGUGAAUCGAGAUGACGACAAGGAGCUAGCGGACGCAACAACGCUUUGCCUGACAUUUAAAGCGGCAGAAGUGGAGGCCGCGUACGCACGGCGCACGGACCCGUACCCGAUGGCCGUGGCGGCGCCUCCCCUGCUGCUGCUGCCAGUGGUCGUGGCGCUGGUCAACUUCGCCGUGCCGCCUUCGUGGCCGCUGCGCGCCGUCUACCUCGCCUUCGUGCUCGAGACCGGCCUAAUGAACGUCCUCUACUACGCGUACUUCCGAUUCGCCCAGUACAAGAAAAAGUCCGUGAGUCCAUACUGGAAAUUGAUAUGCGGCACGUUUAACAUAGCUAUGUUCGUAGCCGCAAAUAUUGCUCCCUUGAUAAUCUGCGGAAACUACGAGGCCGCCAUCGGCGACGACAGCCCACGUCCGGACUCGAUCGUGCAAGGCGGCGCUCGGCGCUGCAUACAUCCCUCUUACUAUUAUCACAUAGGCGCAGGCGCUCUCUGCGGAGCUUUAUGGGUGUCGCCGCUGUCGGGCGGGGCGCGCGCGCUGUUCCUGGUGGCGCUGGCGGCGGCGCACGCGGCGCCCGCGGCGCUGCAGCCCGCGCUGCUGCACCGACGCGCCAGCCUCGACCGCGACCCCUACACAUCCAGCUUCAACGCCUCAGCUGACUACAACGAGACCGUUUAUGACAUACUGGCGCAAAUCCACCUCGGCCGACAUAUCCUCAUGCUGUUCUUCAUAGUGAUCGCGUUACUCAUACUGAACAGAUAUAUGGAGUCGCUGGAGCGCGCGCGUCACUCGCGCGGCGAGCGUAUGCGCGGCCAGGCCGAGCAGGCGGCCGACCUGCGGCGUCGAAACCAGGCUUUGGUGCACAACGUGCUGCCGCCACACGUGGCGCGGCACUUCAUGGGCGCGCGGCACCACCACCGCGACCUCUACAGCCAGAGCUACGCUGAAGUCGGCGUGCUGUUUGCUUCCAUGCCCAAUUUCUCAGAGUUCUACUCGGAAGAGACCGUUAAUAACCAAGGCUUGGAAUGCUUACGAUUUCUGAAUGAAGUCAUAUCUGAUUUUGAUUUGCUGUUAGAGGAUGCAAAAUUCAGCAAAGACAUCAUUAAAAUAAAAACAAUCAGUUCCACAUAUAUGGCAGCAUCAGGCCUAAACCCCACUCGACAAAUGCAGCCAUCAGACGGGACACUGGUGCGCUGGGCGCACCUGGCAUGCCUGGUGGAGUUCGCGCUGGAGCUGCAGCGCGUGCUGGCCGCCAUCAACGAGCAGUCCUUCAACCACUUCGUGCUGCGGCUGGGCGUCAACCACGGGCCCAUUACUGCGGGCGUUAUUGGUGCACGCAAGCCGCAUUACGAUAUCUGGGGCAACACCGUCAACGUUGCAUCAAGGAUGGAGAGCACCGGCAAAGCUGGUUGCAUACAGGUGACCGAAGAAACGUGCCAUAUACUUGAGACGUUCGGCUACUACUUUGAGCAGCGCGGCCUAGUCGCGGUCAAGGGCAAGGGUCAACUCAUGACCUACUACUUGCAGGGCAAACGAGACGCUUCCGCUGGACAAACCGACAAUACUAACAGGUCACAUGGUGCCGAGAUAGCAGCCGGUGUGGACACGCUGGCUAACGGAGCUGCGCAGCGCGUCGGCGACCCCGAGGCAAACGUCCCGCUUCUAUCGCAGUGAAGCCUCUGCAUCUCUAAAAUGACAAAAUAUGCUUUUUCCUCGUGGCCAAGCUAACAAACUGUAUCCAGAAAUAGUCAAACAGUGAAAUAUUUUACGUGUUAAACCAAUUUUUACAGCUUGUGAAUAAAGUUGUUUUUUUUUAUACUACGUCGGUGGCAAACAAGCAUACGGCCCGCCUGAUGGCAAGCAGUCUCCGUAGCCUAUGUACGCCUGCAACUCCAGAGGAGUUACAUGCGCGUUUCCGACCCUAGCAUUCCCCCUCUGGUUGAUUAUUAUAAAGCUAAUCAGUAAUUAAUUUACUUAUUUAUGUGGAGAGUAUCGAAACGGUUUACUAAGUACUCGGAUCUAAUUUAAUUUACUACUCGUCAUCCGUGUACGUAUUUACUUCUGUUAUAGUUAGGUACAGUGCAAAACAUAGUAAUUAGCAUUUAUAUACUAUAGUCUGUCAUAGAACAUUUGAAUUUCGCGCCUUUUUCUGCUAGUUGUUUGACAGACUAUAAUUGUCAUGCACUAAUUUGACAACAUGAAAAAUAAUUUUGAUUUUGGCCACGUGGAAAUUAAAAUAUUGUACCUCAGAUAGUUGUCAAUAUUUACUAAUAAUUAACUUUCGCGUUGUUCUUAAACUAUCCAAGAUACAAUAAAAUGUAUGCAACUUCGCCUAUCUAUUUUUAAAUAAAAGACCAGUCCAGACGUGGUCAAUAUCGCCCAAUCUGAUUAAAUUGCCUGAUAAAAUCAGGUGGUGUGUACGCGAAAAUGAAAUUAGUUUGCCGAUCCACUUGAUUCAAUUUUAAGAUUUUGACCCAUCAAAUGGAGAUGCGGACGCAAGAAUGCCAAUUUUCGACGCUAGUGUGCGCGUUGAGGGGCAUGUUUUAUUUAUUUCGAGCGCACGAUCUCACCAUAAAUCUAAAAUUGGUGAUUCAAUUGAAUACGUGUGGACGUUAGAUAUUAAGAUUGACGCCAAUAUGUUUCCUGAUAAAAUCGGUGGAUUUGAUCAUCCCGUCUGGACACUAUCUCGAAUGCCACACAAACUGUGUUUUCCUAAUGCAUUCUGUACCUACUCAAUAUUCUUAACUCGAUGUAACUCUAGUCUAGGGUAAAAUGUAAUAAAAAUGAAAACGCUUUCAAAUAAGCCGGACAAUACCAGGAAUUCGUCGUAAAAGGGUGGAAACCUGCAUAUGACAAUUUGUUAGUGGGUUGCCAUGUCUACUCUACCCAUGAUUAUGAUUAAACGGGCACGUUUUGUGCAUUGUAAACCUGGAUUAUGUAUCGAUUUAAGUAUUUGUCUGAGACUGACAUUUAAUUAUUUUUGUACUUUUCACCUCAUAGAUUACAUUUAGUUAGUUUGAUACAAUAUUUAAUCACCGUCAAGCAUUUGUUAUUAUUUUUAAAACACUGCAAAAAAUAUUAAUUAUAGAUUCUACUAGGUAAUUUUUAAUUGUGCAAAAAAUAUGGAUGUCUAACCAUAGGUAUAGCGCUUCAUAGUGUUUUUAAUUAGGCAACGAUUUAUUGUGGUUAUAACUGUACAAUGCAUAUUAAAAUUGUGUAAUAUUAUGCAACUAGGUACUUUGCAGCAGUUCCAUUAGGUAUCGUAUACAUAAGUUGCACAAAGUUCAAUAUAGGUGUAGGGAGGAGGUUCGGUUAGCAGAGAGCGUACAGCGAACAGCGCGGUAGGCUCUCCGAAGUAUAUAAGCUUCCUGAAAACAGUCGAUCAUUAUUUUUAAUAGUUUAACUCUAGGGAAGGUCGUUGCCGCCUUCCUGCAAAGUAAAUAAACCUGCACUUCUCGCUCCGCUGCAUUCUUUAGGCAAAAGCGAACUAUGUAUUUAUAUACCUAAUGGAUGAUUCAUUCUUAGUAACACUAAUAUGUAUGUUGCCGAAGUGCUUUUAUAAUAAUUAUAUUAUUAUUAUUCUUCAUAGAAAACGUUUUAGGUGUGCCUUAAAAUGAGAUAUUUUGUAACCAAAAAAUAAAAAUGAUUUCAGUCUGAAUGGUAUGGAAGCUUAAGGUAGACAUAUAAUUUUCUCAAGACAACUCCGGAGUUGGUAAAUCAUAAAAGCACGUGUACCUGAAAUACAGAGCUUGUAAUUAUUCGAAUUAUCCUACACUAAUGCCAGUAAAUAUAGGAAAUGUCCUGCUUUCAAUGUUUUCCAAAGUAUUCUUACUGUCGUCACGUCACGCAUUGUAUUAUCUAUUACGUUAACGGCGGUAAUAAUAUAAACAUUUGAUAUUGCGAUUUAAUUAGGUUCUUACUUAGUACUAAUUUUGUGAUUAACUUGUAGCUAAUAGCGGAGCUCCGUAAUGAGUGUUGCACAUGUUUUCAUAAAUCGUUUGGUUGUUUGAUUGAUAGUUAGCACUAAAAUGGUAAAACAGCGCCUUUACGGUGUCUGUCAAUUGAAUAACGCUGACCUUAUGCCACCGGGCGCCGCCGCCGUCCAUCCGUCACACUCGCCUGCAUAACCCGCCGCACUAUAGCCGUAAAACUCGGAGCUAAUGGUUCGAUUUGCAUAUGUAGGUUAACACGUACAUGUAUAUACUUAAGUGACAAUUUCGCUACUCUUUCAAAUUACACAUUUUUAAUUAUUUGUUAUUCAAUGAUUAAUUUAAUUCGUACCCUGCACAAGCAAUACCUAAAUGAAAAACAACCACCCGUAAUAUUAUUAUUUUAUAUAUAUUUUAUAUACUAAAUUAAAUAGCAUUUAUUAACACUGUUGAAUAAACGAUUGAUUACUUAUACCUACCUAAGUAUAUUAAACCGCAUACGCUGUAGGAAAUCUAUCGGCCGGAAAUCACGUGAAUAGCCAUGGGCCAUUAAUACAUGGACAUCUUUUAAAAUUAUUUUUAAUUUUAAGAUAUCUAGUUUAAACAAACAUACGCUUAACGUCAGUCUAUAAGUAGAUAAUUUAUAGUGUAAGUAAUACGCAAUGUAGGUGUAGGUACCUAUGUGUAUCGUAAAAGUCGUAUCACAUUGUUUAUUUAUGGGUCAACAAUAAAUUGUUAAUAUGUGAAAUCCGUUGACGAUAAACAUCAAGAGUGUACUGAUAAUGUGAUGCACAGUCAUCCAUACGUAAUGCAGGUUACAUAAUAAAAAAGAUUCUCGCGUAAAUAUAUAUAGAAUUGGUGUUGCCUCUUUGUACAUUUCCUGUAUUUUAGUAGUCAUAUUAUUGUGAUAAUCGUUUCUUUACGUUAGCAGAAUUUCGCUUAGCCUCAUUUAGACCUUUAUAGUAGUACCAUAUAUCAGUGUUGGCCGAAACCUUGAUGCAAUUGACCAUUAACCAUUACAAAUUGAACCGUAAACUGUAACCGUCCGUUACGGGUUACGGUUCAAUUUGUAAUGGUUAUUGGUCAAUUGCAAUAAACGUUCGGCCAACACUGCCAUAUAUCAUACCUAUAUUUUUUUCUGUCUUCAUUGAUUGUAGGUAGGUUUAGGAUAUGUGCUUUUAUUAAAAGUCGCCUAGAAUAAUUAGCCUACUUGUAGAAAUGUACUGUUGUGGAAGUUCUACUAAAAUAUAGCCAUCUAAUAGAUGAUUUAUAUUUCUUGAGAAUCUCUAUAGUAUCAUGCGUAAUAAUAGGUACUACAAUAUUUCAGUGCAUAAUGUAGGUCUUUCAAUCGUGAUAUUAUUGUACGUAGUUAAUAAUUAUUUAGAUUUACUUAGAGAGAUCGUUUAUUUUUCUUUCUAGUGAUAAAUUAUCUUCCUGUGAUUUGUGACUAUUAAUAAUUUUAUACAUAUUUUAGCUCAAUCAACUAAGGUUGGACCUCUCGUGGCUAUAAUUUUAUUAAAUAAAGCAAUAUCUAUGAA